GCCAAAAUUUUUAGGAUUUCAUCCGCCGCAGUGGUGCGUACAUAGGGUACUACGGUAGACCGCGAAGGGGGGGGAGGGAUAGCGAUACGGUACGAGUACUUGCGGCGAAGGGUUACCGGUAUGUUGCCCUUGGCGGUUUGGCGGCCUUUCUCUCCUCCUUUAAGUUUAUUAAUCCAGUUGAGUGAGGCUCAUAUGAUUCUUCCCUUUCUCUCCCAUUCUUUCUUUCGGUCAGUCUAUCUACACUCCAAAUUAUAUCCGCAAACAGCAGAAGAACUCGCGCUCCCCCCUGUCCACCCAACUAUACCAAGGUGUAAAGAAUAUUCACAUCCUUUCAUCAUUUACAUUUUGGGAACGGAUCUUCUUAAGUUCUAUCACGGGACGGGGUUCGGCGGAACACGGUAGAACCGUAUUGGAGUACCGGUACUUGAGUGCUAUCCAAGAGCAGGGGGGUAAAGAGCGUUCAGAUUCCAUACGAAGCCGAAACCCUUGCCAUCCAGCUGGAUGAGUCCUUCCAUACGAGAACUUGGGGGCUAUGAUACCAUAGGAUUCUCAUGGACUCAGCAAGCCAAACUAUCCGGUUGAGUGAGAUCCGGGACAGCGGCGUGUGACUGCAUGAUACAUACGGUCCUUUUACGGGCCAUUGCCCUACCCUACAGUAUUCGCACCCUACGUCCUGCAGGGAGGGAGGGAGGGGAAGGGAGGUAAAAUAAAAGUUGGGACCAUGAGAGGUGUGGGUGUGGUGGUGUGGGGUUGGUUACACGGCCGGAUCGGGAAGUUUCUUCUGCCUUUCCUAGAGUUGAUUCAAGAUGAGGUUUUUAAUUUUCGGGGUACGGUACUUGGGUCAUUGGUACUCGUGCACCGGACUCAAGUGAGUGGGUACCGGCGCUGUAAUGCACCGAUGGUAGGGAGGACGGGUGGAUAGAGCAGGAGACGUCGAACGAUGCACAAAAUAUUUGGUAAGGCUGUUUGCUGUACAGUACCCCUCCUGUUCGUUGCCUACUCUACUGCUGGUACGUUAUGGUUUAGUUUGGUACCAUGGAAGUCUAUUUUUGGAAGAUAUAAGAGUUUUGGUAUUAGAAAAAAGAAAGGGUAACUUUAAAAUUCGUGGGGGGGUUUCUUUCUUUUUUUAAGGGAAAAAAAUAGAAUAAAGACUAGAGUAAAAAAACGAUGAUAUUCUCUGGGGGAGAGUGGAAGCGGAAUUGGGAUUCAGUGGACACAGAGACAAAAUGGAAGAGGGUUGGUGUUUAGUAAUUGAAAGGUUCGUGAAGUGUAGCAGCCUUGAUCAUGCUGCAGAACUCAGCUGUGGGUGAAGGGGAUGACCAAGUUGGUGAUUAAGUGAGUGACACGAGAGGAGAUGAGAGAGUAUAGGUCGGGGGGGGGGGAUCGAACGAUAGUCCACUUACAGCUUCAGCUCCGGCACCCUCCAAGGCCAAUGUAUACAACAAUCUACAACUACUAUACAGCUCCCCUAAGAGAGUAUAAAACCCCCCCUCUACCUCCCUUCCCCAUCUUCAAUUCCUCACCAGCACCGGCCCAGGAAAGCACACACAAGCCAAGUCGCGAAUCCUUCACUUGCCUCUUUUCAUAAACCCACCAAAGAAGCCUAUCACAGCUUCUUCAACCCAAAUCACAAAAAAUGCAGCUCACAACCUACAUCCUCGCAUCCUUCACCCUCCUCUCUACCGCAUUGGCAAACCCCGUUGGCAAUUUGGUUGAGCGCGAGAUCCUGUACUGUGGUUCUCAGCCAUACCACCCUGAAGACGUACCCCCUCCCUCCCUCCCUCUCCCCGAUCGUGCUUUGCACGGGCUGGCCACUAAAACUGAAGGAAUGCACACAUUAGUACACCUGCUACCCCGGCAAUAAACUCUGCCCGAUCACCGGCGGAGUUAUCUAUCAGCCAUGCGGUGCUGCCUGUUUCGACCCGGCGAAUUAUACUUGCAUUAAUGGGGAACUUAGGCCCGUUGGGACCUGCAAUGGACAGGUUUAUGAUAAGAACUCUGUAUUAUCCACCUUCCUCCCUCGCCAAUGUGAGACCGUUGCUGAUAGGGAAUACGACAGUACGUCUGCGUGGAAAACCACCUUUGCCCAAAGACUCACCCGAACCUUUGCGGCGAGGCUUGCUACAGCCUUAGCCAGUACCAUUGCGUGAACGGACAAUUGGUUCAGAAUUAGGCGCUCUUCCUGGGAGAGCCGAGGGGAGGGGGAGUGAGAGAAAGGGGAGGGGGAAUGUAAGAGGAAUAGUGGUGGGUACACUAAUCGGAUCUAAGUAAUCUUAAGAUCGGGCAAUUCAUGACUAGUGUUUCUUAUGUUGACAAUUGCGGAUGGAUGGAUGGUGGUAUGUGCUUUCCGGAGAGCGGUGGGUUAGGGGUUUACGGCUUUCGUUGGAAACAUUAAUUGUAUUGGGCACGUUUUCUUACUUACCUUCUUGGCUUUUUCUGGGAGAGUGGGGGAACGGCCAGUAUCAAUCAGUAACGAUUCACAAAUUUUUGGGGGUGGGAGAGUCAAUGAAUGGACCGAUGAUUUAUAUGUAAUGAGCCUUUCCAGUACCGAGACCUCAAGGUGGAAGAAUAAAUAAUUGGCAAUAAAUCAUUCAGAUAAUAUUCGAUUUCCACUAUG